ACGCUUUUAUUGUGAAAACCCUAGCGGAGCGGAAGUUGACAGUUAGCAUCCCCCGUAGCGACAGCAGUGAGUGUGUGUCUGUGUGUGUGUGUGUGUAUGCGUGUGUUCCGGUGUGAAGAUGUUACCUUUAUCUGUUAAAGACGACGAGUACAAACCCGCCAAGUUCAACCUGCUGCUGAAGCUCUCAGGAUGGUUCAGGUCGAUCCUCGCGGACAAAACGUCCCGGAAUCUGUUCUUCUUCCUGUGCCUCAACCUGUCCUUCGCCUUCGUGGAGCUGACCUACGGUAUCUGGAGCAACAGUCUAGGUCUGAUCUCCGACUCCUUCCACAUGUUCUUUGACUGCACCGCUCUGCUGGCAGGUCUGGCAGCCUCCGUCAUCUCCAGGUGGAGGUCCAACGACAGCUUCUCCUACGGUUACGUCCGAGCAGAAGUUCUGGCCGGCUUCGUGAACGGACUCUUCCUCAUCUUCACAGCCUUCUUCAUCUUCUCUGAAGGAGUCGAGAGAGCUCUGGAGCCUCCAGAUGUUCACCACGACCGGCUGCUUCCUGUGUCUAUAGCUGGCCUGCUGGUCAACCUGGUGGGGAUCUUUGUGUUCCAGCACGGAGGCCACGGACACUCUCACGGAGAGGAAGGUCACGGCCACAGUCACUCUCUGUUUAACGGCAGCGCCAACCACAGACACAGUCACGGAGGACACCAGAGCAAACAUGACGGUCACGGACACAGCCACGGGGGACACGACGGUCACGGACACAGCCACGGGGGACACGACGGUCACGGACACAGCCACGGGGGACACGACGGUCACGGACACAGCCAUGGGGGACAUGGCGAGCCUCCCUGUCCCGACGAGCUGCUGCACACGCCGGGGAAAGGAGCCAGCAAACAGAUCCUGCAGGGUGUGCUGCUCCACAUCAUAGCUGAUACUCUGGGCAGUGUGGGUGUGAUCAUCUCUGCUCUGCUGAUGCAGAAAUACGACCUGAUGAUAGCAGACCCCAUCUGCUCCAUGCUCAUCUCCCUCCUCAUCGGAGUCAGCGUGGUGCCGUUACUGAGAGAGUCCAUCGGCAUCCUGAUGCAGAGGACGCCACCGUCCCUGGACCACGCUCUGCCCGAGUGUUACCAGAGGGUGCAGCAGCUGCAGGGAGUUUAUAACCUUCAGGACCCUCACUUCUGGACUCUGUGUUCAGACGUUUACAUCGGGACGCUGAAGCUGCUGGUCGCCCCGGACGCAGACACCCGCUGGAUCCUCAGCCAGACACACCACAUCUUCACACAGGCUGGCGUUCGACAGCUGUACGUUCAGAUCGACACGGCGGCCAUGUAGAGGCUCCGCCUCUGAACCCCUGGGACCAAUCACAUUCAGUCUGCUCUGACCUCUGACCCCCCCGAGUCUCUGCAGGACAGACUAAGAACUGUACUGAUCUCCCAUGAUGCUCCAGUCCAACUCAAACAGACCCACCCCUUUUUUUUUUUAAACUUACCUGUCCGUAUUAUCGGGGACCCCAUCUCCCCCCCCCCCGACUGCACUUUGUAGACUUGAGCAAAGCAUUCUGGGUAAGUGCCUUCAUCAUGAAUCAGAGACAAUCUGAGCCCCCUCCCCCCCUCUCUCUGACAUCACGACGUGUGAUGUCAGUGUUUUUAACGUGCCAAUCCAUGUGACCAAACUGUAAUAAUAAAUAAUUCUGUUUCUGAUUAUU